AUGUCGUCCUCAAACCCCAAUAGAGGUGGCAGGUUUGGUUACCAAGGAAGCAAGGAUUGGAUAAAUAGUAGCAGAUCGCGAAGGAAAAACUUUUAUUCAUCUGAGUCCACUGCAGCAGCAGCCGCUGGAGCUGGAGCUGGGGGUUCAGGAUCACUACCGAAUUCGGCUACAGCCACAACACUGUCCAAUGAAGCAACAUCAACUACCCCCAACUUAUCACGACGAGAUUUCAAAAGCAACGGGCCAGGCUCUUCUUCUCUUACCCAUCUGAAAGAUGCACAACCUGUCAGAAACGGAUCAGCUUAUUCAUCAAACUAUUACUCUCAUCUGGGGUAUGGCUCAUAUGAUUCCAGUCUGUAUCGAGCUGAGGGGUGGAGAAAAACAAGUGGAGAGUUACGACGACUGGUUGGAAACCAGAAACCCACCCUUUCUGGAUCAUCUUCCGGCUCAUUAUCUUCAACUUCAUCACCUACUAGUGGAUACAAAAAUGGGCGUUAUGACUCAUAUAGAGCAGACACAAAUUCAUAUGGAUCUAGGUGGAAAAGUGGACGUAAUUUUGCCGCUUCAUCGACGCGAUAUUCAGCCAAAGACAGAAUAAGAAAUGGGAAGCCCUCAUUGAGUAAUCUGUAUGUACCAAGCAGCAAUAGUGUUCCCUUGGGAGCAUCGGCUGCAAACAGUUAUGAUUCAUAUAGUCCUUCAGCGGGCCAAGCAACAUUCAAGUACGAAUCACCAAAAGCCUAUGGGUCAUAUUAUUCAAGUUCAUGUCCCGAGGACAAGAGUUCAUCGUUGUCUCAACUGCGGCCACCGUACUUCACUCCUAGACCAUACAAAUCUAGGUACGGAGGUAGCCGAUACGGUGGAAGCACAUUGAUCAAUCCCGUAGAGAAAAGGGCUAAAGAGGAGGAACUCGAGGGAGACCAAGAUAGUCAGAAUGAUUAUGAAAAUAAUGAUGAUGUUGAUAGCAUCUCGAAUAUCAGACGUCACGAUGAAGACACUCAAAGUGAAGCUACGGAAAAUGAAGAGCGUAAUACUGAAAUCAAAGAACGUAUAGGGCAUGAGAAUAUCGAUGCUGAUCAGACACAGGAUGAUGAAUCUUUGCAAGCCAUUGAGCAAAACCUGGUAGAAACCUCAGCUGAACCAGAGCUGAAGGACGAUCUUUUACGGGAAAUAUACUCGAGGAAAGCACGGAUUGAAACACCCCCGGUCGUAGCCGAAGUCGAAUCAAAGGUGAAAAUUGAGUAUGAAGAAACAAGUGCCGUUGAUGGUUCUGAAAUUGUCUACAGGUACCCUCUUCCUGAAAUUCCGCACAAAUAUGAAGAAAUGCGGAGAGAAUUUCAGCAGUCAGGUGGGAAGUCUUUGAAGUACUUGUUGGCGGCUCCCAUUCACGAAUUUAGUGACUAUACAUUUUUUAUCAACAACUAUGAAGAGUUUCAAAAGAGGAAAAGAGACGCACUUGUCAAUAUAUUACGAGAAAAGACUUUGAAUGUCCAAUCCAAAACCUUGGAUUUGCUGCAGGCUUACAAAGAGAUGCUGAAGAAAUGGGAAGAACGGAGAAUGAAAAUGGAACAACAACUCCGAGUUUUACACCCACCUGAUGAUGAGAUGAGAAGAGAGCUCGAUUCGAGCGAUAUGAGGAAGCAGAAUCAGCAACAAGCUUCCGCUGGGAACGCCAGUAGCACCCCUACACAGGUCAGCUCUUUUGACUUGCCUACGGUGUCGAGUCGACGUAGCAGUAGAAGACAUGGUGAUUUGGUAACUACGGAGGCAGAAUUUCAAGAGAUUUUACUCACUUUGGGUCAAGAGCAAGAGGACCCUCUUUUGAAAGCGGACAGAGUAUCUGCCAAUAUCCCAGACAUGAUAUUAGACCCGGUAGAGAAGAACGAGGUCAAGUUUAUGGACGCCAACAAUAUUGUUAGAGACAAGGAUACGUGGGCAAGUCGAGUGAAGACAGAUUUCCACAAUACAUUUUCAGAAAAGGAGCAUGCGUUGUUCACGGAGGCGUUCUGCUUGUUUCCAAAACGGUUUGGUGCAAUUUCAAGGUAUAUGGGUGGCUUAAGAACCGCGUCCGAGUGUGUUCUUCAUUAUUACAUGACGAAGAAGAGUGUGAAUUACAAACAGUUGUUGAUGCAGCGUCGUAAGGCAAGCAAAAAAACCAAGAAAACCAAGAGUGCCGGUCGUCCGAAAUCUACCCCCCAACCACCAAUUGAUCAAACUGUUGGUAAUUUGGAGGUUCCAAGCGGUACAAUUACAGAUAGUAUCCAGGAUGUUGGCUCUAUUGACACGAGUGAGUCCACCGUAUUCCAGACUACAGGAAUGCCAUCCGUGGUGGAGCUGUCAGAGAUUCAAGUAGAUAGAGGCAAUAAGAAACGUGCUCCUCGCGAAAGAGCCACGGAAAAGAGAAAGCAAAAGCCGGGAUCUGCUCUUACAGCUGAUGGGCAAAAGCCAGCAGAAAAGAAACGGAAAACUACCGCUAAGAAACAAGCUUCCGAGGAGGGUGACACGAAGCCAGCAGAAAAGAAAAAGAAGAGAGUAGGCAAGAAACAAGCCGCGGAAGAGGCGUUGACAUCAAACGUGGCAGGCAUAGUUCCAGGUUUGAAUUCAAAUCUGAAAGUCACAAUUGGAGCUUUGCCAUUGAAGAAUGCGACAAAUGGUUUACAAUCUGAAUUGUACACUGGGUCUGCUCCAAUUGCGCAACAAUAUGUGUACCAGCAACAACCGCACCAGACGGUUACUCUUCCCGUUCAGUAUUCACAGCGAACUGAAGAACAGAGUUCUCGCCCUCAUCAACAAUACGAGCAACUGAUUCAGUUUCAGCAACUGCAACAACAACAAGUGUAUGCUCAGUACCAAGCACAAUAUCAAGGUUUGUAUCAAGCACAGCUGCCAUCUUUUGCUCCCCAGAGGUCUGCACCAGUGUUUCCAUCUAUUCGCAAUCUUCUUUCUGAGCAAAGCGCAGCACUGUAUCAGCAACCUUUUACACCACUUGCAAGUGCAGAACAACAACAGCAACAACAACUACCACAACAGCACUCCUUGCCAUCGUAUCAGCAAGAGGUGCCACUCGCCGCAGCACAAGUAGCCAAACCCUCGUCACAUCGCACAAGUUCCAUUAUGAAUCUUUUGAAUCAGGAUGAAAAGCCGGCUGCGGCCCAGCAACAAAGAGCCAAAACUAACUUGCGUGAUCUUUUGAACUGA